CCUAAAUUUUGGUGCAUCCUUUUCGCAAUACUUCAACUGUGAAGGACUGAUAUGUAAAAAAGAACCCGAGUAUCUAUCAGCGGAGCGGGAUAAGAAGCUUGCCCUGCUCUCCAAGUAAUCAAAGCAGAGGGCUUCUAUGGCGUCGGCAGAGGGGGCAGCGUUCACCGGGACCGGAGAAGAGGGAGGCGGCGAUAACACUGGAAAUCAUACGGCGAUUGUCACUUUUCCUCGCCGGAAUCGAGGCUGGGCUCAGCAUGAGCCUCUAAAGAUCGAAACAUUGGAAGAAUCCAAUGAUACGAACCCUAGCAACAUGUGGCAGGUGUAUGCACUCGGUGGAUUCAUGGUUGCGCGCUGGCUAUGGGCUAAAUAUAAGGAGAGGAAAAAUGGUGAAAGAGGAGAAGGUCCAUCUGAUUGAAAUGUUAACUCCAACAUCUGAAGAAUUUCGUCCUGGGAUCAGAUAUCAUCACUCCUGAAGCACACAUAACUUAUAGAGAUUAGAGUGUUAUCUUUUUUCCCCUUCCGAAAUGGACCAGAGAGCAACCUUAAAGUUAGAAACAUUUGGUUUCAUCUAUCUUUAUCUUUUUCUGCAUUUUUUAAUUUGCUGUGAAUUGUUAGAAAGUUUAGAUGCUUGAGCUUAUUGGAUGAAUAAUUCUAAAGUUUUGUCAUGCCGCUUUACUUGGUUAUGUUAGUCUGGCAAUGCUUUCGGAA